AUGUCUGCAUCUGAGACUGGAGUUCGGGAUAUCGACGAGAUUUGGCUCACGGCUCAUACCGCUGCACCCUUUGGUUUUGUGAAGUUCGGCGUACCGGUAAUCGAUGAUGCGUUUGGCGGCGGAGUUUUUUGCGGGAAGGUUACGGAGAUGUAUGGCCCAUCUGGAUGUGGUAAAACGCAAAUGGCGUUGACAUUGGUGGCUCAGGAACUGAUCAGCAUCCACUUCGAGAAGACUGGUGCUCUGCUUAUAUACUUCCACACUAGUGGGACAUUUCCUAUCGCACGUCUAUGUGACAUUAUAGAGGGCAAACUGCAUCGCUAUAAAACUGAAGAGCCUGCAGACAAGGCCCUUGUGAGAAAUAUUCUCAAGAACCUCUGUAUUGGCAAGGUGAUUGAACCUGCGGAAAUUAUCACUAAGCUGAAUCAACUCUGCGUUGGUACAGAUGAAUGUCGCAAGAUUCGUCUCCUGGUGAUCGACUCUAUAGCCUCCUUGUUCAGACCAUUCAUGACACUAAAGGGCACUGGCGAUGCCACGCUAGGCCAGAUCCUCCAGACGGCUUAUCUGUUGAAGCGUCUUGCAUUUCAGAGGGAUACUGCCGUGUUGGUAUUGAACGAGGUGACUCACGGUGGCAGUGGUACUUUAACCGCAAUCGGCGGUACUUAUACAACUUUGAAACCGUCACUUGGUGAAAUAUGGACCAAGUGCCUUAACUGCCGUGUGUGGAUACACACUACAAAGUCUACGAUGUCGAGUCGACGCUAUCUACGGGUUUUAUUCAACUCCGAUGGUCCACCGUCCAAUACUAUACAGUUUGAAAUAACAUCCAGUGUAUGA